AUGACCCGUCCACAGCGCAACUCUAAGGCCCCCCAGAGGUACGACCCGGCCCCGAAGCCCAAGAGGGCCGCCCGUAAGGCCAAGAAGGCCGCCAACCGCCAGCAGCCCAACGCUGCCGCCGCCCCUACUGCUCGCGGUCGUCGCCGUGCUGCUCCCCGCAAUGCGCAGAACGACAAUCUUGCUGCUACCAUCGUCGAGCAGCUCAAGGCUCACAUCGACGAGAAGCUCGCCGACCAAGACACCAAGGUCAAGGGCCACAUUAACAAGCUCAAGCGCCAGCUCAAAGCCCACAUCGACACCGCCAAGGACGAGCUCACGGCCCACAUCGACACCGCCAAGGAUGAGCUGACGGCUAACACCAAUGCCGCCAAGUUCGAGCUUGUCCGCGAAGUCGCCGACGUCUGGAACACCGUCUCGCCCAUGAAUGCCAGCGUGGACAUCAUCCGCGACUCGGUCAACUUCAUGCGCCCCAUGAUGAAGCGCAUCCGCAAGACGGUGAUCGACUCGGAGGAUCUCCUCAACGGCUGGUACGGCGAGUUCAAGGAGGUCGAGGACGACUUCGAGACCAUGAUCGGACAUCUCGUCGACCAGGCCACCGUCCAGUCGCAGGCUGUCCAAAUCAUCGGCACCAUGGUCACACAGGACUUUGCGGCCCAGUUGGUCGCCGCUCAGGACGCUGCUGCCGCCGCCGCUGCUGCCAACGACGACGACGACGACGACGACCACGACGAGUCGGAGGAGGAAAUGGAGGAGGAGACGGACAUGGAGACGGACUCGGACUCGGACUCGGACUCGGACUCGGACUCGGACUCGGACUCGGGUGUUGAGGAGGAUGACGACGACGACGACGACGACGACGACGAGUAG